CUGAAUUCUCGGGUUUGCUUCCUUUGGGAAAAAGAAGUUGUCGGCAUGUCACCAGAGCCAGAACAGUUCCACACAAUCGCGGCAAGGGCCGAUCGAUGCUUGAAUCUUUUCCAGCAAUGCUUGAAGCAGUCUGCAUCAAUCUCGUCUCUCGAAAUGACCUUGGUGGAAGACCAGCUCGCGCGUUUCUCUCUCUGGGCGGCCAAUAUCGGUGUUUUUGCCGGAGGGCGCGCCUCAUUGGACCACCGCCUAAGAGAAGCACAGGAGGUACAUGAAGUGAUUAUCGGGCUUCUAGAAACGCUAGAAGACCUAGUCGAAGCCUGGUCGCACAUGCUUUGUGAGUCGGACCCCAGAUCUCAGAUGUCGGAGAUUGCUUUCGCAUCUGCAAGCGAAACGAUCACUCGUUCAAGGCGCGCCGUUGCCGGUCAGAUAGCACUUCUUCAUCGACUGUCCAACACGAUCCGAAGAGCAAGCAGCGAGGCCCACAAUGCAAAGGUGUCCAUGUCCUUCAAGAUCCAGGAUGAAGAGGGGAACGAUGUGGAGCCGUGCCUGGAGGUCGUGUUUGCAAAUUACAUUCGCGAUCGGUUCCGCGAUGUAGACGAGAAAAUCUUGCGACGACUGGUUUCCGCGAUGAUUCUCCGCCGAAGGCGAGUUCUUUACAAGAGAUCUCGCUUCGGCCAUCGGGCGCUGAAGGUACCACCAACAACUGCUCGGCCGAAGAUAAUACUGCCGCCGACAGAUGCGCCUCAGCAGACCGCUGGCGGUAUCCCCGCGGUCCCGUCGGCAUCGACUCCAAUUGCCGUCGAAGUGCCAGCGAACUCUCAGGCUGGAGUCAGUGCAACCACGCUAGCCGUCGAAAGGUUCAGAAAAGCUUCUACCCCCUCCACAGUUUCCGGUGCGAGAACGGUAGCGCUGGACAGCCACGAAGCGCUGUCAUUUCCGGCGCCACCUCUUGGCCGCGUGAGACAGAGAUACAGAAGAAUAAAACGAACCCUGGAGGAGAAACAUAGACGGUACCUGCAGUCAUUAUUUGACAAGUGCGAUACUGAAUCACUGUCCACUAUCGAGACCUUCAAAAGGACAGCGGAAGCAGAUCUCAAGCAAGACUUGGAUAAGAAUUGGGAUUUGUGUGUCGAAGCCAUCGGAGAAAUAACAUGCCCUUUUUGCUUCUACGCUAUUCCAGCACGGGAGAUGCAGAACGACGCUAAAUGGAAGGCUCACGUCAAGAAUGAUCUGGAUUCAUACGUCUGUCUCUUCGACGAAUGCGAGAUUCCGAAUCAACUAUACAGUCACAACGAACAAUGGCUGAAACAUAUGCAAGACCAUGCCUUGCGCUGGCGCUGCAACUCGAAAUCGCACGGACUGCUGAUUUUCCACACGCGAGAUCGCUACAUAGACCACAUGCGACAGGCUCACCAGGGGGCCUUCAGUGAUGUCCAGCUUCGCGUGCUGGCUGACAGGAACGCGCGAGCGGUUGAACCACUGUUUGGAUCAUGUCCACUCUGUGGCUCCAGCGAUACUGCGCAGGGAGACACGAUCAUAGAACAUAUCGUGGGGCAUUUGAGGUUUCUUGCUCUGAAGUCUCUACCACCGUAUGAGGAUGAAGGGUCGGAAAGCUCGGCUGCUGAAAAUGCUAGUUCUCGAGCAUCCAAGCCUCAUAAGCGGAGCACCAUAGACAACGACCCGGAUAGAUUCAUCACCCUGACCUUCGAAGAUAUCGGUAGCGGCACAGCCGACGAGAUCUCCUACUUGGAGCAGAGCAGUCUAGAGAAUUCUUUUGGCAAGUUUGGUUCAGAUGGCGAUGGUGGCCUCACUAAGGCGUAUUCCACGGAAUCGUUACCCAGCCUCGAGAGCUCCAGCCCGAUAGAGGAAUGGGGUAGUUUCAUCCAUGUUCCCCCCUCAAGUAAUAAUAUGUCCCUGGGAAGGCUUAGGCUACUUGAAUGGGGCUUUGCGACCGUGGAUAUGGAAUCCUUUAGGAAUGUUGAUGACCCCGUGCUUCAAGAUCUGGCUCGCAAGCAGCGUCUGCCAUUCCCGGUUAUGAGUCAACCUGAGCAAGAUACUGACACCGACGAUCUGGCAGAUGGCUAUGUGUACAGUACUGAUGACAUCCAAGGCGACAAACCUGCCGGUGCUCUGGGUGGAAAUUCUCAACAGCCCUCGGGACAAGCUGAAACUGAAGAUCCCCUGGGCGUCCUCCGGACUGACCAUGAGGCAAGAAUAGCGCGUCGGGAGAGCAACCACAGUCUGCAGCAUACCGCGUCACACAAAGAUUCAAAGUUACGGCAGAUGCUAGAGAAAAAGAUGAGUAAGCGCUCGAAGCCCGAAAUAUCAAAUUCUGUCCCAGCGAAGGAUGAGCCCUUCUCGGUCAUUUCACAGCGGCUUGCGACGGAAGCUGAGGAAAGAGACGGGACGAGUCCGCCCCCAUCACCAGUACAUGGUGAUCUUUCUGAACGGGGCCAUAAGGAUGUCACUCUCAUGCAACAGUCCGGGGAGGUCGAUGGUGUCUCCGAUGUUCCCGCUAUGCACCCGCUGCCCGGAUCUAUGCUUGGAUCGCCCACCCAGCCUCGUGCGUCUAUCCUUGUUGAAAACACGCCGAUAGGACCAAUCCUCCAGUUCGGCACGAACACCCCAAUGGAACAUAAUACUCAGUCUCUGCCGGGGCAUCCGAAAAAGGGAGUUGUUGACAACGCUCUUCUGGACGCCAUGAUCGCACGCCUACUUGCUCGUGUUGGCCCCUCGAAGAAGAGCCUAUGCCUCGACGAGGCCGAAAUCCGGCAGGUCUGUCAGGCAUCGCGCGAGCUAUUCCUCUCGCAGCCCAUACUGCUCGAGCUCAAUGCCCCCGUCAAGGUGGUCGGGGACAUUCACGGCCAGUACAGCGACUUGCUCCGCCUCUUCCAGCUCUGCGGCUUCCCGCCCGCGGCCAACUAUCUUUUCCUGGGCGACUACGUGGACCGCGGCAAGCAGAGUCUGGAGAGCAUCCUCCUCCUCCUGUGCUACAAGCUACGCUACCCCGCGAACUUCUUCCUCCUGCGGGGCAACCACGAAUGCGCCAACGUGACCCGGGUGUACGGGUUCUACGACGAGUGCAAGCGCCGGUCGACCAUCAAAACCUGGAAGACCUUCAUCGAUGUGUUCAACUGCAUGCCCGUCGCCGCGAUCGUCGCCGGAAAGGUCUUUUGCGUGCACGGCGGCCUCUCGCCGUCCCUGUCGGACAUGGAGGAUAUCCGCCGCAUCGCCCGCCCGACGGACGUGCCGGACUACGGCCUCCUGAAUGACAUCCUGUGGAGCGACCCCGCAGACCAGGAGGAGGACUGGGAGCCCAACGAACGGGGUGUCAGUUAUUGUUUCGGCCGACGGGUCAUUGUGGAUUUCUUGCAGCGCCAUGACUUUGACCUGAUUUGCCGGGCCCAUAUGGUUGUGGAAGAUGGGUACGAGUUCUACCAGGAUCGGCUCCUGGUGACCGUUUUCUCUGCCCCGAACUACUGUGGAGAGUUCGACAACUGGGGCGGGGUCAUGAGCAUAUCGGAUGAAUUACUUUGCAGCUUCGAGGUGCUGAAGCCUUUAGCUCAAAAAAGCUCGCCUCGGGACAUAAGCGUCUCCGAUCCCUCGGUGAUUAGAUGACGGAUUCUGGAAGUAACGAUGGAUAUACAAAAUCGGUGACUAUUCUCAUCGGACUUGAGACCACGACCCUCAUCCUGCUGUCAUAGUGCGAUGUUAGAUGGUUAUUGAUUAAUAUAUGUACGGCGAGGUAGGUGCAAUAAGACGCCAUGCUAGCCUUUCAUAUACCACCAGCUUAUAGCCUGCACAUACCUAGUCGCAACUCAUAUCUAAGGAUGGACCGUCUUUGAUUUAGGGGCUGUCCGGGCUAUUUGCUAAAGACCGUAUCUCUAGAUCGAACGUCGGAUAAUCUCUCGGUUGACAAGGGCCCUCGAUGAAGAACCGAUUACACUAGCAUCAAUUUCGUACCACUGUCGCGGGUCUUACUCUAAAUUGGUAAACUACAUCUAUAUGACUGGAUUACAGG